AUGGCGGAGAACAAGACGCUCAAGAAGAAGUCGCCCGUCGCGGGCAAUGGUCUGUUCGCGAAGCAGGACGUUGCGGCUGGCGACUUGGUUUUUGCACUGAAAAGGCCCCUCGUUACCGUCCUGGACAGCGUCAGCUUGGACAGCUGCUGCGCCAAUUGCUUCGCUUCCACUGGCUUUGGAGCCACCAACAGCCAGCUGGAACUGAAGGCGUGCACUGGCUGCCGGACCCUCAAGUAUUGCGGCAGGCCGUGCCAGAGCCAAUCGUGGAAGCGCCACCACAAGUUCGAGUGUCCGGUGCUCAAGACCCUCGGUCCGGAGAGACAGCUGCCCCAUACCGUGCGCGCUGUCAUUCAGACCUUGGCCAUGAGGAAAGCUGGCCUCGUCUCCGACGACGACUGGCAAGGCUUGCAGAGUCUACCCGACCAUCUCGAUGAGCUGCGGCAAGAUAGCGAGUGGGAGCGGCAUUCCGUGCUAGCCAUGGGCGCACUCAAGUACUCCCGGGCAGAGGACAUGUUCAAUUCCAACGUUGCUACUGGCAUCUACGCAAGAGUCCUGACCAACAGCCUGACCCUCAUCGGCAGCGCUCUUGAGCCGCUGGGCAUCGCCUUCGAUCCACUUGCAUGCAGCGCCAACCACUCGUGCGACCCUAACGCGUUUGUCAUCAUGGACGGCGCGCAGCUCUCGUACCGCGCCCUCAAACCCAUCGCCAGGGACGAGGAAGUCUUCAUCUCGUACAUCGACGGCACCAACCCCUUUGAGCGCCGCCAAACCGAGCUCCGCAAACGCUACCACUUCUCCUGCGCCUGCAGCAAAUGCGCCCAAGGCCCGACCCUCCGCGAGGACCGCUGGCUGACGGGCUCCUCGUCGCUCCAAGUAGCCAAGCCGGGCGCCGUCGAAGGCACGGCGUUCGCGAAGCUGGAGCAGGCUCGCGGCGGGUCGCUGUACGUGCAAGAGCUGCAGCCGAUCGAGGAAGGGCUGCGGUUCUGCGGCGAGACGGGCGUGUACCCGGCGGACCGGCAGCCGUACGCGACCAUGCGCGACGAGUACAUCGUCGGGUGCCUGUACGCAAGCCGCUUCGUCGAUGCCUGGCUGCAUGCGGUGCGGCGCUACUUCGACGUCGACCCGCUGCUGUACCCGCAGCCGCACCACCCGCUGCGCGUCGUGCACAAGUGGAGCCUUGCCAUGCUGACGCUCGUCGUCGCGCAGGACCACCACGCGGCGCUCGCGCGCACGCUGGGGACCGAGUUUGCCAAGCUGAACCUGGGCGUCGUGCUAUUCGGCGUGCUGGUCGAGACGGUGGCGAAUGUGUCGGCGAGCCACGGCGCGGGCAGCACCUUCGCGAAGAUGGUCAUGGACAAGUUUGAGCAGAUCAGGGUGGAUAUGACAAGGGGGGAUGAUUCGGUGCUGGCGGGGAUGAAGACGAGGAUCGAGGAGCAGUGGGUCAUCCUGAGGAAAAUCGGGGAGCAAAUGCCAUUCUGA